AGCUAAAUUAUAAAAAUUAACCUUCUAUAAAAUAUGUCCUAAACUGGAAGUUCAGGAAACCUAAUGAAGUUCAAAUUCACUGGCAAAUAGAAAGGGGUCUAAGAGGCGCAUAGGUCUUGCCUUUAUCUUCUGUUUUCGUCGUUGCUGUUCGGUUUCGUUGCUUCGCAGGAGGUGAAAAGAUUGCAUGCGUCGCUUCUUCGGCUCCUUCGUGGCUGUUCCACUUUGCUCCUUCGACGACUUUACCUUCCUGUCCGAUCGGAAGUUCGGAUAUUUUGAUCGGAAGCAACAACGGGAGCUCGCUGGCUGUAAAGAUGUCUGAUCUGGCUGCUUCAGUCAUGUUUCUGCCCUCGCAAACAGUGGGUAGCGUUCUUUGCUGCAUCUGCGGCGUCUCCAUGCCGCCCAAUCCAGCGAAUAUGUGCGUCCGCUGCCUGUGUUCCCGGGUAGACAUCACCGAAGGCCUCCCACGCCACGCUUCGAUCGUCUACUGCCCAGAGUGCCGCAGCUACCUGCAACCGCCGCGCGCCUGGAUCCGGGCUGAUCUGGAAUCGAAGGAGCUCCUCACCUUCUGCCUACGCCGCCUCAAGCCACUCACUCGCCAUGUUCGCAUCGUCAAUGCUGAGUUCGUGUGGACCGAGCCCCACUCCAAGCGCAUUAAGCUCCAUCUCCGCAUCCAGAGAGAGGCCCUCAAUGGCGCCAUUCUAGAACAAUCUCACCUCAUUGAAUUCACCCAGCACGAUAACCUCUGCGACUCAUGUUCCCGCUUCCAAGCCAAUCCCGACCAGUGGGUUGCCGCAGUUCAGCUUCGUCAGCACGUCUCUCACCGUCGCACCUUCUUUCAUCUAGAGCAACUCAUUCUUCGUCACGGUACAGCAGCACGGACUCUUCGCAUCAAAGAGGCUGAUCGAGGUGUCGAUUUCUUCUUUGGAAAUCGUAGCCAUGCCAUCAAGUUUGUUGAUUUCAUCUCUAGCGCAGUUCCUGUUCAGUCAAGGUCAGAUAAGCAGCUAGUAUCGCAUGAUCCCAAGAGCAACAGGUACAACUACAAGCACACCUUCUCUGUUGAGAUAUGCCCCAUUUGCAGGGAAGAUUUGAUCUGCCUCCCGCCCAAGGUUGCAAACACUCUUGGUAAUCUUGGUCCACUUGUGCUCUGCACCAAGGUGAGUAAUAGCAUUGUCCUAUUGGACCCAUUCACCCUAAGAAGUGCUUACCUUGAUGCAAAGCAAUAUUGGGGGUCGCCUUUUAAGGCCUUGCUCUCAAAUCGGCAGCUUGUUGAGUAUAUGAUUUUGGAUGUAGAGAUGGAGUCCUCAGAGAUUUCUGUUGGAGGAUCGAAGUAUGCAUUGGCUUAUGCGCAGGUGGCAAGGGUUUCUGAUUUCGGAAAGAAUGAUAAUAUAUUCACUGUGAGGACACAUAUUGGGCAUCUUUUGAACCCAGGUGGCUAUGCACUUGGAUAUGAUCUUUAUGGAGCCAAUAUUAAUGACUUUGAGAUUGAUAAGUAUAGAGGCCUUGAUUUACCUCAUGCAAUUCUUGUAAAGAAGAGCUAUGAAGAGAAGCGGCAGAAGAGGCGUGGAAAGGUUCGUUCUUGGAAGCUGAAAAGCUUGAACAUGGAGAUUGACAACACCAAAGGGAGAAUGGAUGAGGAGAAGAGGGUCAAUGAUUAUGAGGAGUUCUUGAGGGACUUAGAGGAGAACCCAGAAUUGAGGUUUAACAUGUCGCUCUAUCACAACAAUGAUUAUCAGCCAUCAGAAAUGGCAUCUACUGUUGGUGGAGAUGAGCUUCCUUCUGUGCCAUUAGAUGACUUGAUUGCUGAACUUGCAAUCAGUGAUGAAGAAGAGAGCAAUUGUGGAAGCAUGACUGAGUAACUUGUUUUUGCAUCUUGAAGUCUUAACCUUAGUCCUUGUGCUAAGUUUUAAUCAUUUUUGUUUGUUAUAAUUAUUGUUUGCUGCGAAAAUUGAAACUUGGUUGUUAUUUGUUGAAUUUCCAUUGAGCGUUGAUGUUUCC